AUGCAGGUGCUGCUGAGACUCCAGGAAGACGGCUUUCUGCUGAUGUCUGGACCUCUAGUGUGGGGCUGGCCUAGAGACUUGGACCUGAACCCUGACCUCCUGCCUCCAUGUUCAGAGGCUCCCAAAGCUCUGAGCGUCCCACGAAAGGAGGAUUCUCCGGCUUUGCGAAGGCCGCUUUGGGCUCAGAACAACUCUGCGCGGAGCCCUAAUGAGGCGGAGGAGCACGGACAUCCGGCCCCGCCGUCCCGCAGGCGCCAGAGCCGCGGGCGGAAGUGGCCUCUGCCUCUUGGAGACGAAGCCAGGCCGUGUCCUCUCUCCAGCAUGACCACUGCUGUCCCCGUGUUCACCGUUCUCUUCUUUAUGAGCCACGUUCCACCAGGCAGCGCCAGUUUCAGGGAGGUCUGUGAGCGUCCAAAUGGGUCCUGCCAGGAAUUCUGCCUCGACUCAGAAAUCCAUUCUGGGCGAUGUCUGGAUGGCCGCCCAUGCUGCUUGCCCUUGGUGAACAUCCCUGAAGUCGACCCCACCACACCCAGGGUGCGCUGA